UGUAGUUGGAGUUGUGUUCGGUUUCCUCCAAACACAACAGGCGCUGUUCGGUAUGGGCAGUAGCAGCAAAACGGCGUCGUUGUCAAUGAGGGAGUUUCUCCGGCAGGCCGGCGGCGUCGCCGUCAUCGACGGUGGCCUGGCGACCGAGCUCGAGCGCCACGGCGCUGACCUCAACGAUCCUCUCUGGAGCGCCAAGUGCCUCCUGACUUCGUCUCACCUCAUUCGUCAGGUUCAUCUUGAUUAUCUUGAAGCUGGUGCUGAUAUCAUAAUCACUGCUUCCUAUCAGGCAACUAUUCAGGGUUUCGAGGCAAAAGGGUUUACGACUGAAGAGAGUGAAACGUUGCUGAGGAAGAGUGUGGAGAUUGCACGUGAGGCGCGGGAUAUCUAUAACAAAAAAUGUAGUGAGAAGUCAUGUAAUGACAGUGGGGAUGUUAGGAUUAUGAAGCAGCGGCCGAUUAUAGUUGCAGCAUCUGUGGGGAGCUAUGGGGCUUAUUUGGCUGAUGGGUCUGAGUACAGUGGUGAUUAUGGUGAGGCUAUGACGCUUAGAGCAUUGAAGGAGUUUCAUCGUAGAAGGGUCCAAGUCCUAACAGAAGCAGGUCCUGACCUACUUGCAUUUGAAACCAUUCCAAAUAAGCUGGAAGCUCAGGCUUUUGCUGAGCUUUUGGACGAAGAAGACAUAAAGCUUCCUGCGUGGUUUUGUUUCAACUCUAAAGAUGGAAUUAAUGUUGUGAGUGGUGAUUCUUUCCUUGAAUGUGCCUUAGUUGCUGAAUCCUGUGAGAAAGUUGUUGCUGUUGGGAUCAACUGCACUCCUCCUAGAUUUAUUCAUGGACUGAUCGCAAUAAUUAAAAAGGUGGCUACAAAACCAAUAGCUAUAUACCCAAAUAGUGGCGAAAGUUAUGAUCCUGAUAGAAAGGAGUGGGUACAAAACACUGGGGUAUCAGAUGAAGAUUUUGUUUCAUAUGUAAACAAAUGGUGUGAGGCAGGGGCUUUGCUUGUAGGUGGUUGUUGCAGAACAACUCCAAACACUAUCAGGGCCAUCUACAGAACCCUUCCCAACCGGUCAUCAUCUCCACCUGAACAGUAACCACACUGACUUCACAGAGAGAUAGCACUGUCAUCAUUAUGGAGCAAGAUUUUGACUACUCAUACCACAGAAGUAUGAAGACACGUUUUACAGUUUGCAGUCAAGGGGAGCCACCAACGAAUUUGCGAUAGGGGAUGCCUAGCGCGUCAUGUUUUGCCAUCCGGGUAGAGGGUGCAUGCGUGCAGAAAUGCAUAUAGUCAAGCGAAUUUCAGUUCUGUUUUCAGCUAUGUGUUUGCUUAAUCAGGUUAUGUAUUGACCACCGAGUCCUGUACAUUAUAACCAUGUCUAUCGCAGACUCUUAAUUUUCUUACACUCGAUUUGCAACAACAUAUGCUAAAUCUUGAAUCCGAAACCAAGAAAUACAUUGAUGAAAGAAACCCAUUAACAC